CUUAAGCAAGCCUCAUAAGCAUAAAUUCCCCUUGCUGCCCCUGCCCUGUCCCUCGCGCUCACACUCACACAGCUGCUUACAGGUUCUCACUUUCCCAAUUGGGUGAUGCUUUCUUUCGUUAAAGUUGGAGACUUGAGAUUGUAAUGUCAUCUUUGCACUACAAAUAUAUAAUUUGCAGUUUGCCCAGUUGAGGUUGAGUUGUUUUGUUUGAAGAUAUGAUAGUGUGGGCACUUUUAACAUCAGUAGGAAUCAAUCUUGGUCUUUGUCUCCUCUUCUUCACUCUAUAUUCUGUAUUGAGGAAGCAACCCAGUAAUCUUGAAGUCUAUGCACCACGCUUGGUUGCUGCUAAAGAAGGAUCUGAGCAAAAAAAUGGUUUCAAUUUCGAGAGGCUGUUACCAACUGCAGGUUGGGUGAAAAGGGCAUGGCAGCCCUCUGAAGAUGAGUUUAUGUCGGCCACCAGCUUCGAUGCUGUGGUCUUCAUUCGCAUUUUUAUCUUCAGUAUGAGAGUAUUUGGCUUUGCUGGGAUUGUUGGGGUUGUCAUUCUUCUUCCAAUAAAUUAUCUGGGGAGUCAGCUAGAUGCGGAUUCUUCGGAUUUGGCCAACAAGUCUUUGGACUCCUUCAGUAUUUCAAAUGUCAAUGAUGGCUCAAAAUGGUUAUGGGUUCACUUUUGUGCAGUAUACAUUUUCAGUGGAGUUGUCUGCUAUCUUCUUUAUUAUGAGUAUAGCUAUAUCUCAUCAAAAAGAAUUGCUCACUACUAUUCAUCCAAACCUCAGCCUCAUCAGUUUACAAUAUUAGUUCGUGGUAUUCCUGUCUCAUCUGGGAGCAGCUGCAGUGAAACUGUUGAGAAAUUUUUUACAGAGUAUUAUCCUUCUACUUAUCUUUCACAUUCAGUGGUUCGCCGAACCAACAAACUUCAACAUCUCACUAGUGAUGCUAAAAAGCUACACAGAAGGCUUGCGCAUCUGAAAUCGGAAACUAAUCCCCAGCGAAGAUCCAUACGUGAUGGAUUUUGUGGGCUUUUUGGACACAAAGUUAAUGUUUUAGAUCACUAUGGAAAGAAAUUGGAAACUUUAGAAGAUAAUGUGAGAAUGGAGCAAUUGUCAGUGGCAGGAAAGGAAGUUCCAGCUGCCUUUGUGUCACUUAAGUCCCGGCUUGGCGCUGCGAUAGCUUUACACAUUCAACAAGGAACAAAUCCCACGGAAUGGGUCACCGAGAGGGCUCCGGAGCCUCAAGAUGUUCACUGGCCCUUCUUUUCUUCAUCUUUUAUAAAAAUAUGGAUCUCUAAGCUGCUGGUGGUGGUUGCAUACGCUGCUGUUACAAUUCUAUUCCUCAUUCCAGUUGUAAUAGUGCAAGGCCUUACUAAUCUUGAACAGUUGGAAACGUAUUUUCCUUUUCUGGAAAGCAUACUGAACCUAACAGUUGUCAGUGAAGUCAUAACAGGAUAUCUUCCAAGUCUUAUUCUUCAGAUGUUCAUUGCUUUAGUGCCACCCAUCAUGAUAAUGUUGUCAUCCAUGGAAGGUUGCAUCUCUUUCAGUCAGAUAGAAAAAAGUGCAUGCACCAAGAUGUUGUGCUUUACUAUAUGGAACAUUUUCUUGGCAAAUGCACUAUCAGGAACAGUUCUCUAUCGGUUUGAUAUCUUUCUUGAUCCCAAAGAGAUUCCGGGGAUCCUUGCUGAUGCUGUUCCAGCACAGGCAUCAUUCUUCAUUGCAUAUGUUGUGACAUCUGGAUGGACCAGUCUUCUAUCCUCAGUACUCUUCCGUCUGAAGCCCCUGAUUUGCAGUAUUAUAAAAAGACCAUUUUCAGGAAAAGAUAGUGAUGAAUUGGAGGUUCCUUCAAUUCCAUACCAUAGUCACAUUCCUAAAGUUCUGUUUUUUGGACUCCUUGGAAUAACAUACUUCUUCCUAGCUCCACUGAUUCUCCCCUUCCUUUUGAUUUACUGUUGUCUGGGAUACAUAAUCUACCGUAACCAGCUGCUAAAUGUAUAUGCACCCAAGUAUGAAACUGGUGGAAGAUUUUGGCCAACUGUGCACAACUCGACAAUUUUUUCCUUGGUACUGAUGCACAUUAUUGCAAUUGGAAUAUUUGGGCUGAAGAAUCUUUCCUUAGCUUCUAGUUUGAUUGUCCCUCUUCCAAUUCUCACACUUCUUUUUAACGAGUACUGCCGUAAACGAUUUCUACCAAUAUUCGAAGACUACCCUCUUGAGUGUUUGAUAAAGAAAGAUAGAGAAGAUCAGAAUGAUCCGACAAUAGCUGUGUUUUAUAAUAAGUUAAGCACUGCAUAUGAGGAUCCAGCUCUGAUGCCAAUUCGACAUCCAAGAAGCACUGAUGACCAUAACUCACCCCUUCUUCAAGCUGGAGUCUGAAGUCAGCAGUUUGUCUUCUUACACUAAAAAAACUUACCUGUUUGUCAAUGAAACUCUCUCAAUAAUUUGUGAUGCUUGUGGAAAGAAAGAAAGCUUGUGCCGCUAAUACCGGGACAAAUUUUCGGCUAAAACUUAAGAUAAGAUUGUGUGUCUGUAAAGUCAUAUUCUGUAUUCAUGUAAAAUGUAAAGUAUAUGAUCUUUGAGUUAAGUUUGUGUUGGUCAUUCUCA